AUGGACAGCUCUACUCAUAGCUUGGUGCAUCCCACUCGGGAUCGCUCCUUCAUCUCCCAACAAUCUCGCGCUCCUUCCAGAUCCUCCAACAGCACAGCCAGCACGCGGGCAACUUCACACAGCACGACCAACUCAUCUUUUACGACGUCAUCACCCAAACUUUCAAGCGCUACCCUUGCAUCUCAACGGCCCGGCCUCAGCACCGGCCAACGGAAACCACCUCCAAGCCAUCUCUCCUCCCAACUCAUGCGGGAAGCCGGCUAUGAUGCUCGCCAGAGCCCAGUGUCUAGUUACCUGCAAGAGAAACUUCUGAAGGAGCGGAAAGUCGAGUUGGAUAAUAAAUCGAUAUCCUCGGGGAGGAUGUCAAACGAUCCCAGAAACGCCUUGGAAUACCGGGCCGUUCAGAGCUCGCCCAUUCGCAAGGAUGCCUCUGACGCCCAUCGACCUCAAUCCAGCGGCGGAGCCGAUCCGACAACGAAGAAGAAGGGCAUGGGCCUGAAGGAGAUGGAACAGACGGUAUCUACUCUUCACAAGCAGAACUUCGACCUCAAGCUGGAGCUCUACCACCGACGUGAGCGCCAGACGGCACUCGAGGACCGAAUCGAAACGCUCAUGGCGGAAAAGUCGCAGGUGGAGGAGAUGAAUGAUAGGCUGGUCGAGGAGCUAGAAAAGAGGGACAGGGCAGUUGAAGAAGCUGUUGCCAUGAUUGUGUUGCUGGAGGCCCAAGUCGAGACGCUGCUGAAGGAGCGUGAGAUGGUCCGUCACAUCGAGUCCCAGACGAUUUACGGCAGAAUGGGCGAUGGCCUAGACUUGAACGCAAGGAGUACAACGCCCAAGCCCUUAUCCGGUCACAUGGCCCAAUCCUCCGAAGACUUUACAACGCUUCAGAGGAUGCCUAGUUUCCUCUCUGAACAUAGCGAGACGACGGAAAAUCUCCGCAACGUAUACUUGGGGGCGCGGGGUAGUGUGCUAAGUCUGCCUCGGCCUGGCGAGACACCCUCGGAUUUGGAUAACGACCGUCUGAACCGCUUGGCCAGCCCCAGUCUAAGCGUCUUAAGUGAGAGCUCGUUCUUGAGUAUCUACGGCAAGAACAAUGGCCGGGAUGGCGACAUGGUAGCAGCCACGCACUUUGACGCGAAGCCUUCGCCAGACGCUCGUGCCGUGGAAGGCGCAUCACUGAACCGGCCCAAGACAGGUCCUCCCAUCCGUGACCGGCAAUCCCGCAACCGUGUAAGCACGCCGUCGCGGCAGCUGAGGUCUAACUCGAUCACGCAGGCGACGGGUGCCGGGCAUUUCCAAUCCCUUACGGAUAUUGUCGACCAGGCCUCACCACUCCAAAGACUAGAGCAGAUGGACCGCACACACUCUCUCAAGACGACCGGUUCCCGACAAUCAGGGCAUGAAAGGGAGCACGAGCACCAAAGAAGCGCCCCGGCACCGCCCCCGGUAUCUAGGACCAUAUCCCAGCGAAGAACGAAGGAAGAGAAGCGAGAGGCGCUCCGCAGGGUGAUGACGGAUGGACCGGCGGGGCGGCUUCUACGAGACCAAAAUCUCCCACCGACUCCUGAUACCAUAUCUACUACAACGCUUCGCCGGUACAAGAACUCGGCCGAUAGCCUCUCCCGGCAACCUAGCCUCACUCACCAGCAGAGCUACCUCACACUUUCAGAGACGACAUCAGCUCCUAGCGUAGAAGCUCGGCCGGAUCGACCAACGACAGUUGUACCUGUCAAUGUUGCGGUUUCUCAACCGCCGUCUAUGACUGCAUUCAACAGCCGGAAAGGCGCGCCGGGUAGCAGUUAUUUCGACAAUCGCCCACCCAUCAUUCAACGCCCGCGUUCGGCCGACGAGACCACGACAUCGCAUAGGAAGGACAAUGGGUGGGACAGCGAUAGCGACAAUGAGUCGGACGCGAAUUCGAUGGCAUCAAGCUUCGACAUCUGGGUGAAGGACAGUUGGAAACCGAAAGACAUGUUUAGUAGCACGUAUUCAAAACCUUCUACUUCGGGAGGAGUCCACCUAAACGAUGGCGGCUUGGACGACUUGAUACCGGUUCAGACGGCUCUUUUCGGCGCUAGCGGACCACCACCGCCACCCAACCGACGAUCAAGUCUUCAUGCGCAAACCGGAUCUACGUCUGCUCAAGCUAUUGUUGAAGCCAUGAGUAGGACCGAGGCAUCAGGAGGCUGCUGGGGCCGAAAGACGAGCUCACGAAAGCGAGGCCAUGCUAGGAGAAAUAGCGACGGUUUCACAGCCACUUCUACGGUGUCCCAGCCCAUAUCACAGCAGCAGCAGCAGCAGCAGCAGGAUGGUCAGACGGCAGACGGAAAGCAAGACGCGCGCAAGGAUAGUCACUAUCCACCGAUUACAGGACAACAAAACCGCAAUCGCGGGUUCAACAGGUUCUUCCGGAGGUCGAUCGGUUCAUCGGGAGGUACCGAAAGCGCGCCAGCGAGUGCGACGGAGGCGACAUUCGCGGCGGCGGCCAGUACGUCGGUGCCCAAGACGGCGGGCAUUGGCAUCCCAUCGUGGAUCCACCGAAGCAGCGCUGCAGAUGACGAGCGAUUAGGUGCAACGCCUCCGCCGAUCAUGCGAAACCGGGCUCUUAGCAAGGGUGGGAUCGCGGUGGAUGAUGAGGAUCGGCAUGAUGGCGGAGUAUCUCUCGGCGGCGGUGCGAUGGUGGCAGCGGAGGACGGUACGACUAGCGGGGCCGGGACCCCGACGUCUAAGAGCGCUGCGAAUGGAGAUGCGGCGACGCGACGGAAGUGGUUACCGGCAUUCGGCAGGAGCACCAACCAACGCACGAGAGGCUAG